AUGCACGUGGGCUCGACCAUGUCUACUCGGCCAGACAGGCCACUCAUCGUAAAAGCUACAUUCGACAGAUACAACAAGCGCAUUACUUUCUCCUCGGCCCGCAACUGCUCCUACGACCUGCUGCGCACAAAGGUAGAACAAUCGUUCUCGCUCCAAGCCUUCUCGUUCUCUAUCGCAUACAAGGACGACGAUGGCGAAGUCACAGACAUAACCUCUGAGUCUGACUUGACCGAAGCCAUUCAAUACUUCCAAGCUGGCGUAGACGAUCUCCCGGUCUCCUCUGCUGCGUCCAUUCUCUCCGGGCGGAGCUUCGGGAGCAGGCGCAUUACACUCCGCGUAUCCGUCACCGUUGAUUACGAUGGACCAAGCCUCUCAGACACCUCGUCGCUCGUCAGCUUGGAUGAAUACCGGAAUCGUAACGGGAGUGGCUCUUCACUGUCUCUUUCCUUCUCGGAUGCAUCUCAAAUCGAACCGGAGGACGACAGUGUCACCGUCAGUUCCAGAGACACGGGUAAGCUCGCCAGCCGUACCAUGACACAGACCGUCAUCAAGAGCAGCGGUGGAGGAGACAGCAGCUCAACAGUGCACGACUUCCAAUCCGUUUCCGCCUUCAACUCGGAAUCGGAAGCAAGUGCGUUCGACGAGCGGUAUCCCGCUGACCCCUCCGCAGUCUUCGAGCGCUUAAAACUGUCCAACUCAUCCGAUUCCGUCGAGCGGAAUACGCAAUGGCUGCGGGAUCAAAAGUCGCGCAACAAUCUUAACGGUAUCCUCGCUUCGGAGUCCGUAUCGGACGGCUCUUUGCUUGUACUUGAGGACGACUUCGACGCGCAUAGUCCGUUCGACGGGGACCUCGCGCUGCAGCAGGAUAAUGGGAAAUACUAUUAUACGUAUAGAUCGAGUAGCUCUUCCUCUGCCGCCUCCGCAGCACAAGAUGACGCCAGCAUCUCAGAAAGCGAUAAUAAUCAUCGUUUGUCAGAUUCUAAUCCGAAAAUGCGUUGGCUGGCCUCGCAGCAGACCCUCACGCAGUCACAAACGCAGCAGCAACCCCCGGCAUCUAAACAACCUUCUUACCUGUCAGCGUCGUCCGCAGCGUCCUCCUCUUCGAGUAGACCUUCCAUGUCCUCGUCGAGUUCUGAUCCGCUCCCGCGUUCUUCGGUAUCCAUUGCAGACGAUGAAGUCCCACCUGAACUCCUCCAGUUCAUACGCGAUAGUCAGAGCCCACAGCCGCCACCUGCGUGUACGGAUUGUUCUGCUUGUGGUAUCUUGCUUGAUUCAUUCCGCUACGUAUGCUCUACAUGUGGAGAGAAGACGCCACGUGUUUUGGGAAAUGUUGGCAUGAAUGUAAAUGGGAAGGGGAAAGGACGUGACUUAUCUUCAACCGAUCCCUUUGCAGACCCUUUCUCGUAUCCUCCACCAAAUCAUCGCACGAACGGUGCGCCGAACAAACCUCUCCCUCCUCGUCCAUUACCAACCGUCCCUCAAGGAAACAAGAAUCCAUUCCUUUCGUCUUCCGGAUCGCACACAGGAUCGCACACGGAAUCCAACUCAUCAACGACAACGUUGGCAGGAGACGGCGGGUUUGAGUUAUGCGCGGGGUGUAUCGAAACUGCAGGCGUCUUCCACGCUCUUGCAGAAAGUUCCGGAGCCCCUGACGAGCCAUCCUCACCCGAAGACGCCCAACGCACACUCAGCCAACUCCGGCGCGCUGCUCCCAAGCACAAAGGCCACUUCCGCCACGCCUAUCUCGAAAAACUCUGGAGCGGUAGCAUCGACUCAGGGUGGAAAGACGUCGAACAAGAUGAUACGGGUGAAUGUACGAUUUGUAAUACACAAUUGAGUGGACAGAGGUAUAAGUGUGCUUCGUGUACGAAUUUCGUGCUGUGUCGAGCGUGUUAUAGUCAAGUGCAUGAGAUUCAUCCGAGUCAUGCGUUUUUGGACGUUCCGGAGCGACCGCCGGCUUUGAGGACGAGGAGUGAACCGGAUUUGGAGCUUAAGGAUUCUUUGAAUGAUGAAGAUGAAUGUGAGAUUUAUGCAUUUCUGUUCAUUUAUUUGAAUUUAUUUGAAUUUCCAACGUCUCCCUUUGUAGCACUCGUCCACCCGGACGUAAAAUGCACGCACUGUCUCAUGGACAUCGUUGGCGCUCGUUUCCACUGCGCGAUAUGCGAAUCAGUCGACAUCUGUUCAAACUGUGAAGCAGCAGGCCUACCAGGGAAUUUAGACGCAGACGACGGCGGACACAAUUCUUCACAUAUCAUGAUAAAGAUCCCCAUCCCUCUCAACUCGACGAAAGUACAAACCGCAAGCCGUCGUGCACGACAACUCUGGCAAGGCCGAGAUGCUCCGAACGUUCGUCGUACACCCAGUGGACGGUCCCGUGCCGACUCGAUACACGACGCUGACGCGGUCACUGUCAUCGGUGGCGGUGGUAGCACGAAACACGGAAGAGGAUUAUCACGUAAUGGCGAGCCGAAAUCGAUGGAACAUCAUAUUUUGUGUAAAGGGUGUAAUCAGAGUAUUGUUGGAGUGAGGUAUCAAUGUGCGGCAUGUCCUUCGACGAAGGGGACUGCAUAUAGUCUAUGCGAGAAGUGCGAGCCGAGGUCAUAUUUAUUACAUGACCCGAUGCAUAUUUUCUUCAAGCUUCCCCGUCCUGUUGAUCGACCGAUCGAGUCGCAGUUCCCCGUCGUUCCUCUCCUUUACAAACAACCUGCAGGUCCACGACCAGGCGAGACACUAAACUCAAGUCACCCAAAGGCUUACUUAUCGUCCUUACACCAUACUGCUGCACUUUGCGACCACUGCAUGGACCGCAUCUCAGGCGAAUGGUUCCGCUGCGUAUAUUGCCCGAAAGACUUGUGUGACGUGUGUGAGAAUCUGAACGCGCAUAACCCGACGCAUUUCUUUUAUGUGUUCAAAGCGCCGGUCGACAUGCAGCUAUUCAGGGUUGUUGCAGAGCUUGAUAACCCGAACGGGAGUCCACCAGUACUCAAGUAUCCAGUGUACUACUCAUGA